UACACUCACUGAUGAUCCACUUAACAUCUCGAGGUUCUUGACUCACGUGAAAUUCUAUUUCCACUUUAAUGACAAACUUUCCAUAUGAUAUUGAACUAAAUUAGUUAUUUUGAAUUUUUCAUGUUAUCAUUGUUGAGUGAUCACAUGAGUUGAAACUAACCCUCUCCAAUGUUGCAGGGGCUAACAUUGAUAGCCUUGCGACAUGCUAGUGCGCCACGAGGGCAGCCAAAGACCAUCAAAACGAAAAAAAAUUCAACUGUCGAGGCCUACAAGGAUAGGAUUAACACUCUCCUGUUGGUGGCAACAAUUAUUAUCACUGUGACCUUUGCGGCUGGUAUCACUGUUCCAGGUGGAUAUGACGACUCUGUAACUCACAAGGGCAUGGCACUUAUGGUAAAAAAGUCUGCAUUUCAAGUAUUCGUGAUCGCUAAUGCUGUAGCUAUGUAUAGUUCCAUUAUUGUUGCUGUUUUGCUCAUAUGGGCACAGUUGGGAGAUCUUAAUCUCAUCCGUGUUUCCUUGAAAUUGGCUUCGCCAUUGUUCGGAGGAGCUCUUACGAUGGUCGCAAUCUCAUUCAUGACAAGUGUUUAUCUAGUGGUGAGCAACCUUAAUUGGCUUUCUUAUGUUAUUUUGAUCAUGGGCUUAAUCUUUGUCCUUGCCCUUUCCACGCUGUUGAUUCUACUCUUUCUACCAACUUCCUUGAACCAUCGCAUGCUACGCUACAUUUUCUACUAUCCAUUUUCUCUUUUGCUAUUAAUCAGCAAAAAGUGGCGUUGAUGUCUGGUCUGUUGAUAUUGGAAAACUCUCUUUUAAUAUUUUCAAACAAAAAAAGUAUGUAAAAUUAUUGUAACAACCACAUCAUCAUUCCUUUUGGCACUCCAUUAGAGACAUGUGGGUUUCGUGUUUUUUUUUUCUCUCUCUUUUUCUUCUCAUUU